AUGGCUGGAAUUUGUGCGCGGUGCUUUAAUCGAGGGGUGUCGUUAUUUCGUCUCAAGAGGUGCUGUAAUGGCCCGUUCUUCCAUCGCCUUCCUGGGCCUCUUGUGUUGAACCCAUUCAGAAUGGAGAUCGAAAAAUCUAUGGCUUUGCUUCAGUUGAUGGGCAGUGAGGGCUUGACACCAUCUGCGGAGGAGGAAAUCAGGAGAAGAAUUGUUGUCGACAAGCUCAGAGAGAUUGUCGUGGUGUGGGCUAAGAGGGUUGCUUUUCUGCGUCGAUUUCCAAAGAGUUUAAUUAGGGCUGCUUCAGCAACAGUCCUAGUAUAUGGUUCAUAUGGCCUCGGUGUGCACAAUUAUGAGUCUGACAUAGACGCUUUGUGUGUUGGUCCAUGCUUUGCCACUAUGGCAGAGGACUUCUUUAUUGUUCUGAGGAAUAUGCUCGCGAGUAGACCUGAAGUAACAGAGAUCUUAUGUGUCACGGAUGCUAGGAUUCCCCUAAUGCGGCUCAACUUUGAUGGGAUCUCAAUUGAUCUUACAUAUGCCAGGCUUAAUAUAAUCACUGUCCCUGAGGUAUACCGGUCACUGUUGCGCUGUGUCAAAUUCUGGGCAAAAAGGCGAGGCAUUUAUGGAAAUGUAUCAGGAUAUUUUGGAGGGAUACAUUUGGCUGUUCUUGCAGCAUUUGUUUGCCUAAAGCAACCUACUGCCAACUUGAAUGUGUUGCUUUUUAGUUUCCUUCAGAUGUUCGCGUUCUGGCCUUGGCCCACUCCUGUGAUUUUGGAAGUAGGUGUAUUGCCUCUGCAAUCAGACAGCAUUUCUCUCGAAAAGAUUUUGAUGCCGAUUCAAAUGCCGUGUAGUCGAAAUGAAUACUGCUAUUCUCACUUUACCAGAAGCACAUUCAACCGGAUCAGAAAAGAGUUUCUGCAUGGAUAUGAUAUAACAAAGGAUAUGGGUCGGCAAGAUUUCGACUGGCAACCUUUAUUCGAGCCGUUUCCUUAUGCGAAGAAGUACAGCCGUUUUCUCAAAAUAUGUCUUUCAUGCUCAGAGCAGAGCGAGUUAAGUGGCUGGGAAGGCUGGGUGAAGUCUCGAAUCCAUAUUCUUCUGCUCAAGUUGGAGGAGAUUCAGGGAUUUUGCGACCCGAAUCCUACAGAAUACGUCGACGUUGAUUUGUUGGUGCCGCACGUGAUCUUCUACUGGGGACUGUGUCCCGGGAGGACCAGUUCCAUCAAUAUCGAGUCCAUUAAGAAAGGUUUCACGAGGUAUAUUUACAACAAGGGACGUGAGGCCUCUACAGGAAAGAUUGAUCUGAGUGUGGUGAAAGCAAGUGAUUUUCCAAAGACGAAAGCUGAUGGCAAUGGUCGACCGGGAGGUGGCUUGUACUCGAGGCAUGUUCCCGGGUACUUUGUUGUCGGCCAAUGA